AUGUUCGCUGCUCUGAUCUCCGAUCGUCUCGGCGCUGACUCCAUCAUGCUCGCGGCCGUAACGGCAUUCAUGGCAGCCGAAAUCAUUACCAUUCGCGAAGGCUUGGCUGGAUUUUCGAACGAAGGCUUGCUGACCGUGUUGGUUUUGUUCGUCGUAGCGGAAGGCAUUUCCAAAACGGGUGCGCUCGAUUGGUACAUGGGUAGGCUGCUCGGUAAUCCACCCACCAUUGCGUCGGCACAGUUGCGCCUCAUGGCGCCGAUUGCUGUGGUUUCGGCAUUCUUGAACAACACUCCGGUUGUUGUUGUCAUGAUUCCUAUCGUUCAGCGCUGGGCCAAGCAAAUUCGCGUUUCUCCGCAACAAUUGUUGAUUCCGCUCUCCUUCGCGUCCAUUUUGGGCGGAACCUGUACACUGAUUGGUACGAGUACAAACUUGGUGGUUCUCGGUUUGCUGGAAGAGCGGUACCCGGAUGAUCCGGACGUGGCGAUUGCUUUGUUUUCGCUGGGAACGUACGGCGUUCCGGUGGCCUUGACUGGCAUUGCCUACAUUUUGUUGGCGUCGCCGGUGCUUCUUCCGGGCGGACAAGGCCAAGGCGGCUCGAGUCCGCUAGAGAACAACGAAGAUGUUUUACUAGGCGCUCGGCUGACGCAAUGGUCGCCAGCGGCUUCGCGAACAGUCAAGCGCAGUGGGCUGCGUGAUACUGGAGGUAUAUACCUGGUGUCGGUCCAUCGGGCGGCCACCGGUAACGUCCAUCGGGCCGUCUCGAACGAUUUCGUCCUCAACCACGGAGAUGUUCUAUGGUUCUCCGGCUCUGCAUCGUCCGUUGGCGAUCUGCGCAAGAUUCCAGGAUUGAUCUCGUAUCAAAACGAUGAGGUGGAGAAAAUCAACGAGAAGGUGCAUGAUAGACGUCUGGUUCAGGCUGUCAUUGCCAGAAAAGGACCAUUGGUCGGGAAGACUGUGAAGGAGGUCCAGUUCCGGAAGCGGUAUGGAGCCGCGGUGAUUGCUGUACAUCGCGAAGGCAAGCGUGUGCACGAGCAUCCGGGGAACGUGAAGUUGCAAGCAGGUGAUGUGCUGUUACUGGAGGCGGGUCCUUCGUUCAUCGCCAAGAGUGGUGAGAACGACAGAUCGUUUGCUCUGCUAGCUGAAGUGGAGGACUCGGCCCCUCCUCGUUUGAGUCUUUUGAUUCCUGCGUUGUUGAUCACGGCAGGGAUGCUGAUUGUAUUUAUGGCUGACUGGACGUCGCUAUUGGUUUCUGCACUAGUGGCUUCAAUGUUGAUGGUAGCUCUUGGUAUUUUGUCAGAACAGGAGGCUCGGGAUGCGGUGAAUUGGGACGUGUUUAUAACCAUCGCCGCAGCCUUUGGCAUUGGUACAGCUCUUGUCAACUCAGGGGUGGCAGGAGGGAUUGCUAACUUUUUGGUUGAUGUAGGUACUGCUUUGGGUAUUGGGAGCGCAGGGUUGCUUGGAGCCGUGUACUUUGCAACCUUUCUUAUUUCAAAUGUGGUCACGAACAAUGCAGCGGCGGCUCUGUUGUUCCCUAUUGCAUUGGAUGCAGCGGAGCAGACAGGCACUGAUCGUGUUUUGAUGAGUUAUGCGUUGAUGUUGGGCGCGUCAGCCAGCUUUAUGUCACCUUAUGGUUACACAACGAAUUUGCUGAUCUACGGUCCUGGAGGCUACAAGUACAAAGACUUCCUUGUGUUUGGAACCCCAAUGCAGAUCGUG